AUGGCGCCCCUAAUCACAAAUAUCUACACGGCCGACCCCUCGGCGCACGCCUUCAACGGGCGCGUGUACAUCUACCCCUCGCACGACCGCGAGACCGACAUCCAGUUCAACGACAAUGGCGACCAAUACGACAUGGCCGACUACCACGUCUUCUCCACCUCCUCGCUCGACCCGCAGGAGACGCCCAUCGACCACGGCGUCGUUCUCAAGACCGAAGACAUCCCCUGGGUGUCCAAGCAGCUCUGGGCUCCCGACGCCGCCUACAAGAACGGCAAAUACUACCUCUACUUCCCCGCCCGCGACAAGGAAGGCAUCUUCCGCAUCGGCGUGGCCGUAGGCGACAAGCCCGAAGGGCCCUUCACUCCCCAGCCGGAGCCCAUCAAGGGGUCCUACUCCAUCGACCCGGCCACCUUUGUCGACGACGACGGCGAGGCCUACCUCUACUUUGGCGGACUGUGGGGUGGUCAGCUGCAGUGCUACCAGGGCGGCCACAACGUGUUUGAUGCCUCGUGGCAGGGGCCCAAGGAGCCCACGGGCAAGGGCGUAAAGUCGCUCGGCGCCCGCGUUGGAAAGCUGACGCAGGACAUGCUGGAGUUUGCCGAGGAGGGUGUCAAGGACGUGGUUAUCCUUGCUCCCGAAACCGGCGAGCCGUUGGAUGCGGACGACCAUGACAGACGCUUCUUCGAGGCCGCGUGGAUGCAUAAGCGCAGCGGCAAGUACUACUUCAGCUACUCGACGGGCGAUACCCACUUCCUGUGCUAUGCGGUCGGCGACUCGCCGUAUGGACCGUUUACCUAUGGCGGAAGGAUCCUGGAGCCGGUGCUGGGCUGGACCACGCAUCAUUCCAUUGUGGAGUUCCCCGAGAAGAGCGAUCGGUGGUGGCUGUUCCAUCACGAUUGCGAGCUGAGCAAGGGCGUGGAUCACUUGAGGAGUGUCAAGGUUAAGGAGAUUUUCUUUGAUACGGAGGGCAAGAUUCAUGGGGAGAAGCCCGAGGAGAAGUAA